AUGACUCGCCUACAUAUUUUCCAUGCCUUGUUCCACUCAGUAGCAGCAUUAGGCUACAUUCCUUUUGCGCUAUCCUCUACUCUCAUCUCUUCCUCAACACCAUUUGUCACUAUACCACCAAUUGCCGUUAUUCUUAUUGCAUUUAUCCCACCAUUAACCUUCUAUCCUGUGCUCUGCUUCUCAUAUCGUUACUUGGAGCGUUUCAAGCGUAUAUCUUUGUCUAUCCAACGCGCCAGGAUGUACGUCAUGCUGGCAGGAUCCGGUCUCUGCUUCAUAGUAGCAGUACACUUGAUAAUGGUACACUCCUUAGCGAAUUCACGCGACACUAUUUAUAAUCGUAAGAGUUACUUCGCUAUUCGGCCUUCGCAAUCAUUGUUUACAGCGUCUAUUGGCCCAGAAUCGACCACUACAGUGCUUGUAGUAAAAGGCACUGGGGAACAAAGUACCAAGACUCCAACUGGCGAUGACAGAGUGGCUAAAAUGAAUGACAAGGCAGAAGCUAUGCUGUCGCCAUGGACCACCUAUGUGCCUCUGUCUAAAGAGCAGGCUCAUCAUGGAGGACAACAGCAGCAAAUGAUGGUGGGGUCCGAUGAUAAGAAUACCGUCUCCGAUCAGCCAAUCACUUCUGUAGAAUGGAGAUGGGAUGCACAAAGAUCUGUGUUUAAGUUCCUGUUACCAUCCCAUUGUGGACAGUCUCAGCAAUCCCAGGAAGAAUGCAGGACAUCCUACCAGGAACAGGCUUUUAUUAUUGCGAAACAGGCUCCACAAAAGGCAGCAGAACCAGUAGUUAGUAGUUCGAGAACUGUUGAUAUAUCAAUUCCUAAGUCUGUUGCAGCAACAAGUAACGCAUACAAGGUUGCCCAAUUCAAAGCAUCGCCAUCAUUAUCGCCAUCAUUAUCGCCAGCAUCAUGGUAUCCACUUUUGACAAAUACGCAUGCAGGCGAAGCCGCAGUGCCUUCUACAAAAGCGAAAACUGACGCCAGUUCUGCACAGUCACAGUUGAAUUUACCUCUUGAUCCAAGUACUGUUACCUUAGAUCUAUCCUCUUCUCUGGCUGUUAGCAUUGUAACCUCCAUUCCUGUCGCUUUUGAUGAAGCACUUCAGUCAAAGCAUAAUAAUGCAGACCUAAAUGCUGAAAAGGUUAACAGGAUAACUCGCAUGAAGGAGGCACUGUUAUAUAAAUAUCAUAGCGAUGACGAAGAUCGCAAGUCAUUCCAGCCGCUUGGAUUCGACAUCAAAAGUUCGUAUUGGCUACUGUUUAUCGGAUCUCAAGGAGUAUUAGUCUUUCUACUAGUGAUGCUCCUUUUGGGCGUCUUGAUUUUGACAGAGUAUGUGCUGGACCAAGAGGAUGAAGAUUGCGUGAACCGAACGUUUCUAUACUGGGGCAGAAUUUUUGGUGUUACUAUAGCAACCGUCACGAGUGCGAUCCACGGAUCGAUAUUAAGUGGAUAUGUGUUGAUAGACGGGCUGUCUGAUUGGAUCGCCCAGGCCGCCGUGGGCUCCAUCUGUCUAUACUGGGUAAGCAUGGUAUGGAUUAUGAAUCGCAUUAUUGGUCCACUACCGUAUUGA